CGCCAACCCAUAGCCAUUUAUGACAGUACAGUCGUAGCCUAUCAGUUUACUGUCCAUUCGGAGGUGUUAUGGGACCACAUUAAAUAUUGUGAGCAAAAUAAACCAAAGAACGCAUGGCAGAUUAGUCAAAUUGAUGUGGAUUACCGUUAUCCCCAACAGGGCAAGUAGCAUUAUCUGUUGUUUGUUUUGUUUGUCUGUUGGCGGGGACUACAAAACACAUUAGCUCCGAGAUCUGAGUUAAUUCUUUUUUUAGUUAAGUGUUUUCAAGUUGUAAUUAUUGGAUUAUUAAUGUACACAUGCCACAGGUUGUUUUUAUUUGUCAUUUUGUUUAGGACGAAGAGGAACAAUCGUUUAUGAAACUCUGAAAUGUAAAUGGUAGUGAAAAGCUAGGGAAAUGCACGCAUUGUGAAAGAACAAGUAUGAAAGAAAAUAGGAACUAGAUAAAUAUUAGCUUACAGUGCAGGAUUUUAAAUGUCCCCCUAUUUGUGAUUUGACUCACAGACCCCCGGUAUAUUAUUUUGUCAAAACUUGGGAACUAAGGGUAGUUAACCCGCACUUUUCUGUCGAAUGAAACAUUAUCUCUACUACCCAGCCAUUAUUUGUAGUGACAAAGCUUGUCCUGGGACAGAUAAGAUAGAGACGGUUUAGAGACUUAAAGGGAGAGAGAAAAUAGAACAAGGGAGCAGUUGAAGAAAACAAGACUGAUAUAGAAAAGGGAACUUCAAAAACAGUUACCCCACACCACAUGCAAAAGACAAAAGCGCCACCAUUCUUUUGAUUGACUGCUAUAAAACCAAGCAAAGCAGACGGUCAAUCACUCAGAGCAAGGAAGUCUUAUCAACCAGUCAGUCAGCUAAUUGCAGAGAAUGUUGGGAUGUAAGGGCGGGCUGGGUCUGCGCUAUAGGCUAACCCUGGCCACUGGACUUGUGGAGUGUCUGUGUUUCGCCGGCGUGGUCUUCGGCUUUGCGUCGCUAGUGUUCGUCCUGAAGACAGAUGGGUACUUCACUGACCUCUGUGUCGAUACUACGACGGGGCCCAACGGCACAGUGCAAACAGACUGUAGUGGACAGGAUGAACAGUUCUCCCUGGUCUUCACUGUCGCCUCCUUCAUGAACAACUUCCUCACUUUACCCAAUGGAUUCAUCUUCGACCGAUUUGGCACCAUGGCCACAAGGAUUCUGGGAAUAUGUCUGUAUACCACUGGUACUCUGAUGGUUGCCUUCUCCAGUUCAGCCCUGUCCAUGCUGCUGUUCCCGGCCCUGUCCUUCAUCGCCGUGGGAGGAAUUCUGUUCCUCAUCACCAACAUGCAGGUUGGGAAUCUAUUUGGCUCCCAUAGAUCCACCAUCAUCACCCUCUACAACGGGGCCUUUGAUUCUUCCUCUGCGGUCUUCCUCAUAUUAAAGGUGCUGUAUGAAGGCGGGGUCUCCCUCCACACCUCCUUCCUCAUUCUCUCUGCAUGCAGUGUCGUGCACCUCCUCAGGACGUUCCUCCUAAUGCCCACCACCCACAUCCCCUACCCACUCCCUGAGGGCUACACCUACGGAGUGAGUUUGGGAAAGCCUAACAGCUACAGCGUGGAGAAGGAUGAGAAGACCCAGGAAACGGUGAUGACUGCGAAGACUGAGGGGCCAGAGGAGACGGAGGAGACGGCGCUACAGCUUGAGGACCAGCCACCGUUUGGACACUCCGGGAAAGAACCCGUGGCCAGUUUCAGGAGCUGUGUCCUGUCACGGUUCUUCGUUUUCCACCUCAUGUGGCUGUCCGUGAUGCAGCUGAGGCACUACCUCUUCAUUGGAACCCUGAACCCCAUGCUGAACCGGCUGGCCGACAACGACCCAGCCCUGGUGAGUCGGUACACCAAUGCGUUUGCCUUCACCCAGCUGUGUGGGGUCCUCUGUGCUCCAUGGAACGGCCUGAUCCUGGACAGACACAAGGGGAAGCCUCUGGCCCCGGGAGAAACAGAUAAGGAGGCGGACCUUCGCUCCUCCUCGCUCUCCCUCUUCCUCACCGCCUUCCAGUGCCUCCUGUUCUCCGUCAGUGCCUCAGUGCCUCUCCUCCCUCUCCAGUACCUCACAUUCAUCCUGCAGGUCCUCAACCGCUCCUUCCUCUACGGAGGCAGCGCUGCCUUUGUCAGCAUCGCGUUUCCUGGGGUCCAUUUCGGGAAGCUGUACGGGCUGGUGAUGUCCCUGUCGGCCGUGGUGUCCCUGCUUCAGUACCCCUGUUUCGCCCUGGUCAAAGGCUCCCUGGGGGGGGAUCCCUAUUACGUGAACAUUGCUCUGACUCUCCUCAGUCUGCUGGCGUUUGUCCAUCCAGUCAACGUCUUCUACCACUGCCGGAAACUGACCAAUGGGAGGAAAGAUGCGGCGGGUAGUCCAACCGUCACAUUGGCAGAGGCCAAAUUGUAGGGUGUUAACUUGAGGUGAUAAAUUGAUAAAAAGGAGACUGGAAUAAUUGUAUGUAUACAUUGUGUACAUUUGACUUAAUACUAUAUAUGUAUUUUUUUUUUUUAAUAUAUAAAUCUCUUUUUAAAAGUAUUUCCAUAAAGCCAUACAGUAUUUUUUGUAAUCAAUCGCAUUUGUACAUUUUGUUGGAUUUUCAAUGACUAAAGCUAUUCAUUUUCUGUUAUUUUAUGAGAGAAAACAAUACUUUAUUCCUUCUUUGACUUUGGAACUAGAAAAAUCUCAUUUGAUAACAAAUAGCAAGUUGGAUGUUUCAGUUUCCAAAUUCCGACCAGCAGUUGACCACGGCUUUAAUGCACUUCAGGGAAAAUACAACUAUAUUGAUGUCAGGUUGAGAAAAUCAUUCCAUAGUGAAGAAACUGUUUGGCUACUUCCAUCUUGCACCAUAUACA